AUCCCUUUACUUUUUCAUGGGAGUGUUCCUCUGGAGAGCUGGAAGUGAACAAUCCCUAUUGGAUGAGGAGCAACCCUACCAGCGCUUCACUGUUGGCACAGGAAUAUUGAGAAUGAUUUUCAGAUGUACCAAACAAUUAGAUGGAUGAUUUAUGAGGAAAUAACUUUGCUCCAGUCGUCUGCUGUCUCCUGCAGAUCCACACACAGACACCGGGUGCAAAUGUUGGGCAAGCUCUGCGCUGGUGGAGUCACAAUAUUCUCCAACAUUCCUCAGUAGGAGAUGGUCCUGGUGCUUGCUGGAUAUUCUGAACUCUGCUUCACUGCAGCUGAUGAAUGUCAUUCAUCUUAGAGAGAUGAACUGGUGGGUGCUUAUCUUUCUGACAGUAUGGGUACAUGCAUGUCAAACUGGAAAGGUCUAGCUGGGCUACACCUUUUGGACUGCUGCAUUCACACUCUGAUGGCACCAGAGGAUGAGAACGAGCUGCUCAGGAGCCAGCUGAAGGACAGUGAAGAGCAGGCCCGUCGGGCCGCUCAGGCAGGCUUGGAUCUACUCAAACAGCUGGACGAGCUCCAGGACAGGCUGGACGAACAGAGAGUGGAGAUGACAAAUGCACUGGAGGCUCUUGAGCAGGACAAGUACUCCCUUCAGAAGGAGGUGGAGCUGAAGACUCGGAUGCUGGAGUCUCUACAGUCGGAAUAUGAGAGCAUGAAGAGCCAGCAGAAACAGCAACUUCAAGAACAUCAGGAACAUCUGGAGAGGAGCCACAGCAUGGUGCUCAGUGAGCAUCAGCACAAGAUCCUGGGCUUGCAGUCUGCUGUGGAGGAGUACCAGCUGAAUGAGAAACAGCUGAAACACAAGCUGGAAGUUCAGGCAGAGACGCUGAACAACAAGAUGGAAGAGCUGCGAGCGCUGAACGAAAACACCCAGAGCUCCAUGACGUCUGAGAUGAUGGAGGUGCAGCUGAAGGUCAUGGAGCUGGAGAACAUCAAGGUGGAGUUGGAGCAGACCCUCCAGGAGUGUCGCUACAGAGAGCAGCAGCUAGAACUGAGCAACAGCAGCCUGCAGAGACAGCUGGAGCGGAUCACAGAGGAGAAGGAGGACAGAGAGAAAGAAGCUGUGUCCUGGUUUAAUUCCCUGGAGAAAUCUCGAGAACAAAACCGGGAUCUCCAGAUCCAGUUGGAUCAGGUUCUUCAGCAGGCCCAGGAUCCAAACAGCAAAGGGAAUUCCCUGUUUGCUGAGCUGGAGGAUAAGAGAGCUGCUAUGGAGAGACAGCUCAUCAGCAUGAAGGUCCAGUAUCAGUCCCUGCAGAAAAUGCAUGCCUUCAGCAAACAGCAGAUGCAGCACAUGAAGGUCCAGAUAGCCACGCUGAUGCAGCUGCAAGGUUCUAGGGCUGACCCAGCUCAGCUGGAGAGGCUGCAGUCCAUGCUGUCAGAGAAAAAUGGGGAGAUCCAGAAUCUGAUGACCAAACUCCAGAGACUAGAGAAGAUGGAGAUGUUGCUGAAGUCUCAACCAGCCAAUCCUGUCCAAGCAGAGGUUGGUGGUCAGGAUGAAACGUACUACACUGACCUGCUCAAACUGCAGCUCAGCAACUCUGUCAAGGAUGCAGAGCGGCUGGGAGAUGAGCUGUCCUUGCAGAGGAUGAAGUCUCUGUCAGAGAGCCAGAGAGCUCUGGAGCUGGAGAGGAAACUCUUUACAUCUGAGCGGCUGCUCAAGCAGGCUCAGAGUGACAAUAUCAAGCUGCAGCUGCGUGUAGAGGAGCUUCAGCAAAAAUAUGAACCCAGAGAGGUGAAGAAGAACCUUAUCCAGAGGAAAAGAAAGGAAAAGCUUCCUGUUGAUGUGAAGCUUGAACCCGGGACCGCUCAUGGAGAGCAGAUUGUUGCUGUGGAGAUGGAGGAGACCAACAAUAAGAACGUGAACUGUGAGGGCGUGAACAGUCCUACAGAGACUACAACUACUACACAAGAGCCUGAGGUCCGACCUUCAAAGUGUGUGAAGAUCAGUUCAGAUGAACCUGAUGUGAUUCCCAGUCCCAGUUGGGCUUUGACUGACCUGAAAGAAGAGACUGAGGAGAAUAAGCAGCAGAACAACCAAGAAGUGAGGAGAAAGAAACCUAAAGCAGAGGUGAUCUACGUCACUUCUAAAAACACCAUGGAGAACCAGUGUGCUCAGCAGUAGGAGUCUCCAUCACCCCGUUAAACAUGAAUGUCUGUGUAUAUAUAUGUGUACCUCUGGGUUCACUCUGAAAACUCUUUUAUCUGUCACAUAUUUCUGUUCCUACCUUCUACACAUUUUUACAGAACUUUUCUGUAUCACUUCUGUUAGCUCUGUAUUUAAAUAUUAAAGAACUUACAACUUUUAAUAAUGUGG